AUGGUAACAAUGAGGAAUGUGACAGAAUUCAUCCUGCUGGGACUGACCCAGGGUCCAGAACUCCAGAAGUUCUUAUUUAUUGUGUGUUUCAUGACCUACUUGAUCACACUGACAGGUAACACGUUCAUCUCAGUCACCAUCUUCAUCAGCCCAAACCUGGGUUCUCCCAUGUACUUGUUUCUAUCCUAUUUGUCCAUUAUAGAUGGUCUCUACUCUUCCUCCAUUGCACCCAAAAUGAUCGUUGACUUGGUCUCAGAAAAGAGCACCAUAUCCUUCAAUGGCUGCAUGACUCAGCUCUUUGCUGAGCAUUUUUUUGCUGCAGCAGAGAUCAUCUUGUUAAUGGCCAUGGCCUUUGACCGCUAUGUGGCCAUCUGCAAGCCCUUGCACUACAUGACCAUCAUGAGCCCAUCUGUGUGCCAUUUCCUGGUGGGGGCAGCUGGAAUCUUGGGGUUUAUACAUGGGGGGAUACAGGUUUUGUUUAUGGCCCAGUUACCAUUCUGUGGCCCCAAUGUCAUUGACCACUUUCUCUGUGAUUUAAUACCACUCCUGGAGUUGGCCUGCACUGACACUCACACUUUGGGGCCUCUGAUUGCUGCCAACAGUGGAUCACUGUGUUUGCUCAUUUUUUCUAUGCUGGUUGCUUCCUAUGUCACCAUCCUGUGCUCCCUGAGGAAUCACAGUUCUGAAGGGCGUCGCAAAGCCCUGUCUACCUGUGCCUCUCAUGUCACUGUUGUCAUCUUAUUCUUUGUACCUUGUACAUAUCUGUACUUAAUACCCAUGAUCUCCUUCCCCACAGACAAAGCUAUGGCUGUGUUUUACACCCUAGUAACACCCAUGUUGAAUCCUUUAAUCUACACCCUCAAAAAUGAGGAAGUGAAAAAGUGUAUCAAGAAACUCUGGAGUCAAUAAAGA